AUGGGAAUAGGUUCAUCUUUAGUAUCUUCGGACUCUCAGCAGCAGCAACAGAAACAACAGCAACAGUCACCAACAUCUAUACCACAUUUACCUUUAUCAUCACCGUCACCGGUAUCACCUUUAACAGCCAAUAAUAACAAUAACAAUAAUAAUAACAAUGCAACUCUACCAAGUCCAUUUACAUUUAGUAAUCGAAUGAACGAUGAAUUGAAACUACUCAUCUCUGAGCAACCGUUACCACAAGAGUUGGACAAGUUUAUGGAGAGGUUGUUGUUUAGUCUUGACUUUUCAGAGAAUACUAAUCAUACUUACCUUGCAUUCCUUUUACAAGAGUUGUCAAAGAAAUUGGCAAUUAAUAAUAUAAAGUCACAAAACUUUAAUAGAUUGAUAAUACAUUUUAUAUCAAACCUUACAAGCUUUGGACUACAAAUACAAACAUUGAUUGAUAGCAAAGUAUCACUUGUACAUCCAAAACAAAAUGGAACUCCAUCCUCUUCAACAACACCGUCUAUGCCAAACUCUCCUUUAAAGCAAUCCCAACAACAACAACAGAAUCCAAAUCAAUUACCAUUGGAUCAUUCAAUUCAAGUACAAUUGUUUAGUCAUAGACAAUACCUUAUCAACUAUACCAUCCUAUUACAAUCAUUUUCAAAAUACUUUAUAGAAAAUUGUGAUCGAAUAUCAAUUGAGCAACAAUUUCAAAGUGAUCAUAAUGUUGAUGAUGAUAAUAAUCAUAGUCAUAGCCACCCUACCUCUACUUCUUCUUCUUCUCAAUCGCUGUCAUUUCAAUCUAUACCAAGUGAUUUAUUAUUUGCAAUUAUUAAUUUUCUUUCAAUUGAAUCAAAUGAUUAUACAUAUGAUUUACAUGUAGUAUUAUUACACUUUUUAUUGGUAUUAUUUUCAACUGAAAUGUUUACACCGUUACCUGAAAUGAUUGAUAUACCAGAUUAUUUAAGUUGUAGUAGUGGAGAAGUCGAUAAUCAUCAUCACAGUCAUAACAGUCAACAACAGGUAUUACCAUCAAGAGCAUUUAAUCUAUUUUUAAAUACUGUAAUGGAUCAAGUUAAAAAUAAUCAAUUACCUCUACCAAUUGUCAAAAAGUUUAUCAAUAAUCUUUUAAAUAAUGUCAUUUAUAACAAACCUAGACCAAUUUCAGAUGGUGGAUUAUUACAUUCAAUUGGAAAUGCUGCUUCAUUUUUAUUAUUAAUACCAUGGAAUGCAUAUAAUUAUUUCUUUCCAACAAAUCUUUCAAAUGGUUCAACAUUAUCAGAUAUAUCAUUGUUGACAUUACUUGUUUUAGUACAAUAUUAUAAUCCACCUGAAAAUCCAUUUAGAUCAAUUAUUCAUACUAUUAGAGAUAAAGAUUUUUCCGAUAUAGAUAGUAUAGAAGAACAAAAAUCAAAUAUAUAUAUAUCAAUGUCAAAACUAUAUGAACAUAUUAUCAAAUCACCAUCAUCGGACAAGAAUAUUUUACUAUUAUAUUAUUUAUUACAAGACAAUUCCUAUUUUUAUAAAUACGUACAAUCGAGAACAGAUCUAGACAAUUUGGUACUACCAAUGCUCCAAGUACUCUACACUUCACUGGAAGAAAAACCUCAACAAGUUAAUAUGAUUCUAAUCAUUAUUUUAAUUUUAACUCAAGAUUCUUUAUUUAAUGGAAAUGUUCAUUCAUUAAUCAUACAUCAAAUUCUUUGGUAUAAAGAAAGACAUUUAGUUGAUGUAUCACUUGGAGGAUUAAUAAUGAUAGUUUUAAUUAAAUUAAUUAUGAUUAAUCUUUCAAAACUACGUGAUCCCAAUUUACAUACCAAUUCAUUGGCCAUUUUAGCCAAUCUUUCUUCCAAUAUCACUCAUAUUCAUCCCUAUGUCUCUUCAAGACUAGUUAAAUUAUUGGAAGUACUUUGUAAAAAAUUUAUGAAAUUAAAAAAAAUGCCAUUACCAAAUAUAUUAGAAAGUCAUGGAUUAUUUCAACAAUCAUCAAAUCCAAACAAUACUAGUAUGAUAUCAAAUAUUAGUAUGAGUGAUAUUAGUAUAUUGGAUGGAAUUUAUCAUUCACCAGAUCAACCAGUAUCUGAUGAAUUACAAACGCAUACAGAUUUUAUUUAUAUUAUAUUACAAAUCAUUAAUAAUACCUUGACCUAUCGACCGAGUCAGAAUCCACAAUUAAUCUAUUCACUAUUACACCAACACGACUAUUUACCUGGUUUGACAAAUGACGAAACCCUUUCAGAGAUUACAACAAACAUUUUAAAUAUUUUGGCAUUCUUUUCAAAUGAUCUAAACUCUCCCAACACCCAGGAAUGGACGGCGGAAAAGAUCCUAACAUUUAUAGAAAUCAAGAGUAAAUCGAUUUCAGCCCCAUCUAGCGAUCAAGAAUCAUCUCUUAGAUUUAAAUAUGAAGAAGAACCAACUAGUUUUGAAUCAAUCACUCCUUAUAUAUGGUCAAUAGUUUAUAAAUUCUCUGGUGAAACUUGGGAUAAAAGAGCAAACAAAUUAUUAUUUCAAUCAUCAAAUAAUAAUAGUGAAAGUGUUGAUCAUCAACAACAACAAUUUAAUUUACAACAACAAAAUAAUAAUAAUAGUAAUAAUAGUAGUAAUAUUUUAUCACCAAUUAAAUCAAAUGACUUGAAUAAUAAUAGUAUAAAUCUUUUAUCACCAAUUAAAUCACCUUUAAAUAAUAUGAACAAUAUUCAAGAUGAUAAUAAUAAUAGUAGGAUAAAUGAAGAAGAGGAAAAUGAACCAUCAAUUAUAAUUGAAGGUUUAAAUGAUAAUGAUACAUCAGAAGAAUCAAUUCAAAAAUCUUUUCAAAGAGUUUCAAUCACCUAA